AUGGAAGACGAUCUUCCGGCCGAAUAUGAUGUCGUUGUGGUGGGAACUGGCAUGACAGAAUCCAUUGUCGCUGCUGCUGCCAGUCGUAUUGGUAAAAAAGUACUUCAUCUGGAUAGUAAUGAAUACUAUGGAGGAUUGUGGGCUACAUUCAAUUUUGAUGGAUUGCAAAAAUGGAUGGAAGACUUGAAAACUCUUAAAGAUACCAGUAGUGAUGUUAACAUAAGUCUUAAAGAUGUUGAAAAAUUUUUAAGAGCAAGUAACCAAUAUUCCACCGUUGAAAACAUAGAAGAAACUUGGUUCAUCUCCAGUGACGCUGAUUUGCCGCAGCUUUCUUCAAAAGAUACUCAAACUGAAGGUACUGAAGAAAAUAAAGAAAAUGAUACUGAAAAAGAUGAUGCUGAUCCAAAUAAUCAUAAAGAGCAUGUUCAACGUUGGUCUAAAGAUCGGAUAAAAAAAGAAUACAGAAGAUUUAAUAUUGAUUUAGCACCAAAAUUGCUCUUUGCCCGAGGAGAAUUAGUAGAACUUUUAAUAUCUAGUAAUAUUGCACGUUACGCCGAGUUUCGAGCUGUUUCUCGAGUUGCUACAUACAUGGAUGGAAAAUUGAUACAAGUACCUUGUUCAAGAGCUGACGUAUUUGCUAACAAAACUGUCAGUGUUAUUGAAAAAAGGAUGUUGAUGCAGUUAUUAGUUUCUUGCAUGGAACAAGGCGCUGAGAGUUCGGAAUUUGAUGGAUACCGCGAUAAAACAUUUAUUGAAUAUUUAAAUACGAAAAAUUUAACACCUAUUGUAAAACAUUAUGUAAUGCAAGCCAUAGCGAUGGCUACUGACAAGACUUCAUGUCGUGAUGGUGUAAAUCGUACAAAACAUUUUCUAAAUAGUCUUGGUCGAUAUGGAAAUACACCAUUUUUGUGGCCUAUGUAUGGAAGUGGUGAAUUACCUCAAUGUUUUUGUCGACUAUGUGCAGUAUUUGGUGGAGUAUAUUGUUUAAAACGUCAGUUUGACGGAGUAGUAGUUGAAGGAGAUAAAUGCAAAUCCAUUGUAACUGGAAAACAAAAACUAGCUCUCGAACAUUUGGUUGUUGGACAAGGUCACUUACCUCCUGAAAUCGUUGAUUCUGCUGGAGAAAUGAAAAUUUCUCGUGGAAUUUUCAUCACAGACAGAUCUAUCAUGCAAGGAGAAAAGGAAAAUUUGACUUUACUUUAUUAUCCACCUGAAGGGCCUGAUCAAGAGCCAGUUACUUUGAUUGAAUUAGGACCAUCUACUAAUGCUUGUCCUCAAGGCCUUUUUAUGGUUCAAAUGACUUGCAAGCGUACUAAAACAGCCAAAGAAGACUUGGACUAUGUCGUGAAAAAAUUCUUGGAACUAGAUAUUGUUGAGACGAAUGUACGUUAUCCCACUGAUAUGCAUACGCAAACUAUUUCAACGAAUGAUGAUCAUCUCCAAGAAGGGAAUGUUGAUAGAGACAAAAAUGAAAACCUGAAACCUCAUGUGUUAUGGUCUUUAUAUCUGAAUUUACCUGCUAGCGAUAUAAAACUGAGCAAAUCAGCACCAAGUAAUAUAUACCUUUGCUCAGGACCUGAUCUAGAUCUUGAUUUCGAUUUUUCUGUAAAUCAAGCUAAAAAAAUUUUCAAAGCCAUGUACCCAGAUGAAGAUUUCCUGCCGCGUGCUCCAGAUCCUGAAGAAAUCGUUCUGGAGGGGGAUGAAACACCUGGACCUAAAUUUGAUGACCAUAUACCAGAAGAUGAAGAAAAAAUAAGUUCUGAGAAAGAGUAG